GUUGUUGUAUUCUAUAGAAUGUUGAAUUAUGUAGCAAUUAAAUACAAAAAUAUGAAAUAAUCUAUCAAGAUAUAAAGGUAUGAGGCUAAGAUGGAUAUCAUUCAAAAAUGGGAAGAGAUGAAUGAAAUUUAUUGUUUCAAUAAAAAGUCUGAUAAAAACAACUAUGAUAUAUUCUGCUUUCUUUGCAAAAAGCAAGUAACUGGUCAAAAUGAAAUUUUAAAACAUUGUAGAACUGGUACGCACAAAGCUGAAUCUGAAAGAAUCAUGCGAAAGAAGAAAAGACACUUUGAAGCUAUGAAUAAUAAGUAUGAGUUUCAAUUGAACAAUAUAUUGGAACAACAGCUGUUGACAACACAGUAUUUAACAAAAGAAGAUCUAAAUUUGAGAGAGGAAGUAUGUAAACGAUUUGAAGAAUGCCUAAAAAAGAUGAUUGCUCCAGAUCUACACUGUCGUUUGUAUGGUUCCUCAUUAACAUUGCUUGGGUUUAAAGAUUCAAAUGUUGAUAUUGACAUCAAAUUUGAUAUGCAGAAAAUGAUAGAGUUUAAUCCAUUGAUAUCGGAUCCUCUAUGUUUUUUUUCUUUUGUAGUGGAAGUGAUUCAAAAGCAAAAGUCUCUUUAUUCAGAUCUUGAGGAUAAUCUCAAUAUGAAAAAUCCCAAUAUUAAAUUUAAGGAAAUAAAAAGUGGACUUUCAUGCUGCAUAGCUCCCUUUUACAGUAAGUGUUAUCAAACAUCUGAUUUAAUAAUCAAGUACACCAAUGCUGAUAAGAGAUGCGCUAAACUGGCUAUGUUAAUAAGAAUGUGGAGCAAGGUUUGUGGUCUGGACAAUGCUGAUAAUGGAGGAUUAUCACCAUACUGUUUUGUAUUAAUGGUAAUUAAUUAUCUUCAACAUACCGAGCCACCUGUCCUUCCUAUAAUAAAAGUUACUGGUUGCGAACAUGAAGUUAAUAAGUUAGUUGACCAGGAAAAUGAAGACAUGUACUCAAUACCUAAUGAUGAAGUUCAAUGUUGGAGUAGUAAGAAUAAUGCUUCUAUUGCUGUUUUGUUCAUUGGUUUUUUACAUUAUUUUUUGGUAACAUUUCACCAUCAAACUAAGAUUGUUAACAUUAGACAGCAUGCACCUCUCUUGCGUUCCCUUAGAAGAUAUGGUAGUCGACGGCUUGUUAUUGAAGAUCCAUUUAUAAGCAAUCAAAAUGUUGGCAAAUCUUUAGGAUCACAACUAGUGAUGAACUUUCUUACAAAAUGUAUGGAAAUAACAUACAAGUACUGCAUUUCUUUCAAAAAUAGAGUUGAAUCACAUUUUAUGAAAGAGAAUACAGAGCUGAAAGAAAACGAUGGUGAAAAUAAACUUGAUAAUGGUCAUCAUGAUUUAGAAGAAAAGCUUGAUGAGGAGCAAGUCAUACAUUUUGCUGUAAACAAGGUUUUAAAGGAAUUGUUAAAUAAUGUUGCAAAGGAAAUUUCAUGCAUUGCAUCUUUCCACUUUCGUACCACAAGUUUUUCCCCAAAGACUCCAUUUCCAAAGUUUUGCUCUUCGUGUAAAUCAGAUGGUCAUGGUCACACUACUUGUGAAGUUGAGAACUUCAUAGUAAAACCUUUGCAACCUUUAAAUAAAGCUAAUAUAGAUAUUCUUGAUCAAGUUUGUGUAGAAGUUAUGACCACUUGUGAAAUGACUGGCACAGAAUUUGAUUUUCGAUUGAAGAUCUUGAAGAAAACUGAGAAUCAUUUUAAGAAGAUUUUUGAUGAUAGUUGCCGUCUUUCAUUGUUUGGUUCUUCUGUGAACGGUUUUGGUUUUCGAAACUCUGAUUUGGACCUAUGUCUACGCUUUGAAACUGAUACUCCACCAAAAGAUUUAAAUUAUCAACGUACUAUUGGUCUGAUAGAAAAUGCAUUAAAAAAAAGUUCAGACUUUUCUAAAGUAUUUUCUAUAAAGUCUGCCAAAGUUCCAAUUGUUAAGUUUUGUUUAAGAAAUGGCGAUAUUGAUGGCGACAUUAGUUUAUACAACUGCUUAGCAAUCGUUAACUCCAAAUUGCUAAAAACUUAUGCAAUGAUCGACACUAGAGUUCGAAUUAUGGGUUACUGCAUCAAGUAUUUUGCAAAAAUUUGCAACAUAGGUGAUGCUUCUCGUGGUAGCCUCUCUUCAUAUGCAUACAUUUUGUUAAUGUUAUAUUAUCUACAACAUUGUGAACCACCAGUUGUUCCUGUCUUACAAGAGCUUGCAGUUGAUAAAAGAAAGACAGUCUUGAUUGAUGGAAAGGAUACGUGGUUUUUUGAUGAUAUUCAAAAUCUUGAUAAUGUGUGGAAAGAUUAUGGAAAAAAUAAACAAUCCAUAGCAGAACUUUGGAUUGGUUUUUUUAACUUUUACGUUGAAAAGUUUUCUUUCAAACGCAGUGUUAUAGCUAUUCGACAAAAAAACUCUAUUUCAAAGUUUCAGAAAUCAUGGCUGCGUUACUCUGUUGCAAUUGAAGAUCCUUUUGAUCUUGACCAUAAUUUGGGCGCAGGGAUUACAGAUAAUAUGUAUAAAUAUAUUAUAUCAUGCUUCAAAAAGGCUCGCUUACACUUUGGCUCUCCUUUAUCCAAUUCAACAAAACUCAGCAUGAAAGAAUAUUACUUUGAUCGUUCUUGUUUUACAGAUGAUAUUGUUCCAAAUGAUAGAUGUUGUCGCAUUUGUGGUAAGAUUGGCCAUGUUGCUACAAAUUGCAGAGAAGUUAGCGAUAGUGAUGAGAAUGGUGAACAAAAAUCUCCUACUAAAGAUAUGGGUUUGAGAUGCCAUAAAUGUAACCAAAGAGGUCAUCGUAAACAAGAUUGCACUUUUCAAGAUCGUCGUCAAAGACAAGACAGUGACUCAAGAAAUCAAAAAUGGCGUGACCAUCAAACAAACGGUCAAGAAAAGCCAAUUGCAAACGAAACAAAAAUGCAACGCCUUUUACCAAAAAAACGUGAAGAUAUUUUAAUUAAAGAAAAUGAUAAUAGAGCUAAUGGUACUAAAAAGCAACCAAAGGGGUUAAAUGAAGAAAUGUUUCAAGGGCUAUCUCCAGUUAAGCAAAUUAGUUCUGCAUAUAGUAAUUUUCUUGGAAAGCAAUCUUCUGUACAACAUGUUUUACCUCAACAACUACAUUACAAUGUUUCAAAUUUUCUUUUUAAUUCUUAUGGUGUUAGUAAAACACCGCCAAAUUUGCCUCCCCCACCUCAAAAUUUGUCUAAUCAUCAACUAAAAAGUUUCCCUUAUAUAGAUCCUUCAUCAAUAGAACAAUUCAAACAAUUGAAUCUUAACGAAGUUAAACAAAUUUCUCACCAUCAACCUCAGUCUACCAACGAGUUAGAACGGAAGAAUCUGUUCCCUUUAUCUCCUUUAAACGUAGGAAUAUCUCAGGCGUAUCUACCAAAUAAUAUGAAUUCGUCAACUAAAGAGUCAUAUCUUCAUUCGCAACCAAGUCUUGAAGUUCGACGAGACCAGUCAGCUGACAAAAAAAAAAAAGAUCAGUCAGCUGAUAAAAAGAGAAGAGACCAGUCAGCAGAUAAAAAAAAAACAGUUCGAUCAGCAAACGGAAAAAGAGAUCAGUCAGCUGAGAAAACUAAUGAAAGAGAACGGGUAAUUGAAAACAGAAGAGUUGUGGCAAAAAAUGACGCAGUUAUUCAAUCUGAUAUACGUGAUGCAGGUAACACAAAAUCCGUUAGUAAUCGAAAUGAUGCUAGUCUUGGUUUCUCUAAUACGAAAUCGCUCACAAAUCAAAGUAAUAAUGGACGAGACAUCUCUAAUAGAAAUCAAAAUAAUGUUAAGGGAGACGUCUCUAAUAGGAACCCAGCUGGAAGAGACAUCUCAAAUAGAAAUCAAAAUAAUGUUAAGGGAGACGUCUCUAAUAGGAACUCACCUGGAAAUCAAAUUUAUGUCAACAAAGAUGUCUCUAAUACCAAAUCAUCUAAUAAUCGGCAUGGUCCUAGGAGUGAUAUUUUUAUGAGCCCGAUAGAUUACCGAUUUGAAGAAUUAUUUACCAAUAAUCCAAAUAAUUUAAGUAUUAAUCAAACACCGUCAGGAAUUCCUCCUGCGAGCCGCAAUAAUCGUGGGAAGCGUAAAAAAUAGUGUGGUUGUUUUUAGUAUAUUUUUUAAAGUUUUUAUUGAUGUUGUCUUAGGA